CUCCGUUCCUAGUCGGAACGAAAAGCUACUGGCCCCUAACAUGGCCGCGCCCGUGAGCGCGUGUUGCAAGGUUCUUGCCGACGCCGAGCCCCCGGUUCUGCCAGGCGGGGCGGCGCCGUACGGAAAUUUCCCCAACUACUCUUGGUUCCAUCCGCCCGAGGGACGCGUCUCCCUCUUACCUGCGACGCUUUUAAGCGAGCUGUUCCCAAACCCGCGUGCGGGUCCCCUUUUGGGCCUGGAUGUUGGAUGCAAUUCGGGGGAACUCAGUGUCGCCCUCUAUAAGCAUCUCCUUGGCUUUAACCAUACUAACCCGGAGCAUUCUGUGAAUGGAAAGGACUUCCGCCUCCUCUGCUGUGACAUUGAUGCAAACCUGAUUGAGAGAGCCAAGCAAUACAGCCCUUUCCCUGGUUCCAUUUCCUACACCACUCUCGAUAUCAUGGACCCCAGUGCAAGAGAGACUCUGCUGACCUCCUACUUGAACAAGUUUGGUCGCUGUUGGUUUGACAUUUGCUUCUGCAUGUCUAUAACUAUGUGGAUCCAUCUGAAUCAUGGGGACAGUGGUCUGGUGAAAUUCUUAUCUUUCCUUGUGACUCAAUGUACGUAUUUACUUCUUGAACCCCAGCCAUGGAAAUGCUACCGUGCAGCUGCUCGACGCCUGAGGAAGUUGGGCCGGAAUGACUUUGACCAUUUCCAUUCGCUCACCAUCAAAGGGAACAUGGCUGAGAAAAUAACUCAGAUCUUGACGAGAGACUGUGCCAUGGAGUUUGUGUGUUGCUUUGGAAGCACUAGCUGGGACAGGAGCCUCUUGUUGUUUAAAUCAAAAGAGAAAAAACAUUUGAGAUAAUUCAUGAUUUGUAUAUUCUUGUUGAAGGGGCUCGAUGAUGAUGAUGAUGUCAUCGAUGGCAUGAUAGCUUGUUGAGGUGGUGUGAUGGUAUUGGCAUUCUAUGCAUUUUAGCAUAUAGCCAUACUGGCCAUAUGACCAUGGAAAAUGUCUUUGGACAACACUGGGUCCCUCAGCCGAGAAAGAGAGAUGAGCAAAACCCCCUAGAUUUGGACACAACUGGACAGGAAAAUCUUUAACCCACAUUCUGGCAUUUAAUCAAAGGGAAAAUGGCAGGUUAUUGAGAGAACCAAGUCUUUUGCCAUGUUGUUAUUGAGCUGUAAGAAUAACAUGGGGUCUUGAAAAUCAUACAUUUUAAUAUCAGAAAUUAUUUUCCAAAUUUACUGAUACACCUUGACUCUUGGUGUAGUCUCAAAAUUUUGGAGACAGAUCUUGCACAGAGAAUUCCCACUAGAUGGGAACAAAAUUUAAUGUUUUUGGUCCUCUAGCAACAGGAAAAUAAGAUAUGCUUGAUUUUGGUAUUUCACAAUUUUAAUGAUUCUUUUCUCAUCACAGAAAUUUGAUUUCUGUUAAAUAAAGCCACAUAUCAUUUUUUCUUUUGGCGCUAUACUGGUUCUGUAUUCCUUGAUAAACUUUAUAUUUUGACAAUAUAAAUGGCAAUGCUUUUUAGGGAGAAUUGUUGAAGCAUGCUCAAGCCCUUCAGAACUGGGAAGUGGGCUGAAUGCUAUUCAACUGCAUUGAUAAAACUUCCCUUCCUCCUUCGGUUUGAAGGCACAUGAUAGAAUGAAUGAAUUUCAAUGUGGCAAACCAGAUUCACAUAAGUCUUUGUUGGUAUCCCAGACUCCGCUUUCAUUUGCUUUCUUUUCAAAGCAACACAGAAGUGUGAAGUGACAAGAACCACAGGAAGAGCCUGCUUAAACCCUCAGAAUAAUUCUAUAGAGGGAAUUUAUCUUGCGCAGAAAAGAAGAUAAAGAAUAUUCACAUAUUCUCCUGUUCAGCCUUCCACACAAACAUCUCCCCCUUAUGGGUGAUUCUGAAAUGCAGUAAGCAAAUUCAAAACAGGUACAGUGAUAGAUUAUGCAUAGCUGGGUAUUCUUGCACCACUGUGAAUGGCUAGGGGAGUACCAAAGGCAACUGGACUUUCUUGGUUUUUUUCCUUGGGAAAAAAAAAGUUUCGCUUUUCAUCCAAGAAGCUUCUUCAUUUUCAGUACUGAACGACUAUGACCUGGAUGAUUUGAGAAUCUCCAUAGAUAUGCUAGCAAAACCAGCAAAAUAAUUAUAUUGCUACAAUCCUCACUGCUGUGUUUUAUGUGUUUGCAAUCAGGGUGUGUGUAUUUCCUUCUUGACUCCUGCUUGAAAAUAGGUGGCUGUUGCGGCUAGGAGGGUCUUAGCGCAACUUUGUACUGUAUUAUCAGUUAUACCCAUUUCUGAAUCAGGAGGCUGUGCUCUCAGUUACUCAUGCUCUGGUCACCUUCCAAAUGGACUUUACAUGGGGCUCCCCUGCCCUAGAAGAGUAUCCCAAAGCUUCAACUGGUGCAAAAUGUGUAGUGGGCAGUUAUAUAUGCUCCUAAAAUUGCACAUGUUAAAUCUCUGUUUUGUGAACUGCAUUGGUUGCCAGUUUACUUCCAGAUUCAAUGGGUUGGUUUUAACUUUUAAAGUCCUAGAUAGCAUGAGGCUCGGUUAUUGGAAAGAUUACAUCUUCUUGGUUAUGUUUACCUGUCUCCUCAGGUCUGAUAGGAGGGGCUUAUCAGGCAUAAAAGAGAUGGAAGGAGAGUUGCACUUUCAGGCUUGCAAGAUUCUGUUAAUGAAGUCUCACAAUAAAGCAGAUUUAGCCCAUCUAACUGUGUUUCAAAUCUUUUUUUUUUUUAUAAAAAAGUUUUAUUUUUACAUUCAUAUCCAACAACUCAUCCAAUGUACAGUCAUAUACAAUUAGUCGGGCUUGCCCAGUCACCACCCCCUUCUUUUAACUCUCUUCCCUCUUCUACCUUCUACUUUCCAGACCUUCCUCUCCUUCUCUUAUCUACAUCCUCUCCUCCCUCGACCCUAUACCUUCCUUCUCCCUCUUCUACCCCUCUUCCUUCCUCUUCUUCCUCUUCUCCCCCUCUUCUCCUGUUCCCUACCUCCUACUCUCUCCUCCUUUCUCCCUCCCCACCAUUCUAAAAUGGUAGCUGGGCAG